CCUCCCCCUCCCUUCCUUCCCCCUCCGUUCCUUCCUCUCUCCCUUCCCCCUUCCCCCCUUCCUCCCUCCCCCUCCCUUCCUUCUCCCUCCUUUCCUUCCCCCCUCCCUCCCUUCCCCCUUCUCCCCCCUUCCUCCCUCCCUUUCCUCCUCCCUUCUUUCCCAUUAAGCCAUCUUAAUGGAUACGAAAUGGUAUGUCAUGCUUUUAUUUCACACUUCCGUAAUUAUUAGUGAUGUGGAGCAACUUCCCAUGUGCAUGUUAACCACUCAUACGUUUUCUUUGGAAAAUGCCUAUUCCAAAAUUGCGACUACUUUUAGAUUAUAUUAUUUGCCUUUUUAUUGUUGUUAUUAAGUUUUUCUACAUUGUGGUUACUAGCCUCUCAGAUAUGUGAUUUGCACGUAUUUUCCCCUCCUCUGUGGGUUGUCUUUUCAUUUUCUUGAUAAUGUUCUUUGAGGCACUAAAGUUUCAUCAUUUUAAUGAAGUCCAAUUUUAUCUGUUUUUGUCUUUGAUUACUUGUGCUUUUGGUGUUAAUUUCUUUAAUUUUGAAAGUGCCGUAUUUAUAUAAUUAAUCAGUACAGCCUGUUGAGAGAGUCGUUUGCACAUUUUUAAUUGGAGAAGUCUGAAGAGUUGGAGUUCACGUUUCAGUAGGGUUAUCACUUGUUUGCCAGUGGAUGUAAAGUAUUUGUUUGCAGAUACCAGAUAUUUAAAAGGUUUUUACAUUGUGGUUGUGGAAUUUAAAAUAAUGGCAUCGUCAGGGCCACAAAUUUAUAAAAAGUAGUGUCCGAUUCAUUUAACAAACUGCUGUUUUUAUUUAGGAAAAUUGAAGGGAAACACACAACUGCUUGAAACAUGACUUUCCUCUAUUUAUUAAAGAAGAUUCUGCCUCUUUUAAAAACCGCGGACUUUCCGCCCUAAAACCUGGGUCUCAAGAACUAUUUGUGAAAGAACGCAAGAAUCCCAGAACUUGGAAAUAAACACUGUUGGUGUUUAUUCGCGUUAGUUCAGAUGAAGUAGCCGGCCCUCGGAGUCAGAAAACUGAAUCUGUAGCAACUGAAGUCAGCCUCAGCAAGCAAAUAGUAUCAGCUAGCAUGGCUUUAAUCCACUAAGUAAUGUUCAGUCGGAAAGAUCAAAGGAAGUUACAACCAAAAACAGCCCUUGUUAACAGUUUCCCGGUAGAAGCAGGAAAAGGCUAGAAAUCACACGUCACCUCAUAUCCUGGCUCGCUGACCCCGUGCUCCAGCCGUCAGCAGUGCUGGGACCCUGCCCCUAGGGGCCGAGGACGAGAAAACUCUCCCGCCCUGGCCCUGUAGGAAGCCAGGGCUGCAAGUGCACCCCUGACACAGCGCCGCCCCGGGUCCAGAGCCCAGAGCCGGGUUCAGAGCCGGGUUCAGAGCCGGCUGCUGCGCUCACCCGCCCGCGACCACGCUCAGCCGGGAACGUUUCUUCUUUCCGUGAAGGGCGGAGAAGCUGGAGCAUGGCUGUGAGCAGCGGGAACCGCGAUGUCGUGCUCCUGAGCAGUGGCGGCCCCGGCGCCCUCACGACCUGCAACGGGGACCUCGCCGCCCACCAGCUCUCCACAGAAGCGCCCGGAACAAAAGUGUGCGUGAACGGAUGCCCACGGGUCAACGGCUCGGCGAAGUCAUCCCGUCUGGCCGCCGACGUCCCGCAGCGAGCGCCUGCCAUGUGCCGCUGCCCCGCACACCCGCCCUGCCCCCCGCCGGCCACCCCAGAGCCUCAGCCUGACCCUGGCCUGGGCCCCUGCUGCCCACGGCCGCACUCUGACUUCCUGGCAUCCCCCUGUCCACACCGCACGCCCGCCUACCAGCCUGCCUGCCGCCUGCAGCCGGCCUGCUUCUGCCCACACCACCCGUGGCCCGGCCACUUCCCACACCAGCCCGGGCCACAGCACACAGCCAGCGUCAGACCAUGCAGACCUUUCAAGUUACCAAAAAGUUAUGCGUCCCUGAUUGCCGACUGGCCCGUCGUGGUCCUGGGCAUGUGUACCGCGUUCAUCGUCGUCUGUGCCCUGGUCGGGGUGUUAGUUCCCGAGCUGCCCGACUUCUCCGACCCACUGCUGGGCUUUGAACCAAGAGGGACUACGAUAGGCCAGAGACUGGUCACGUGGAAUAACAUGGUGAAAAACACGGGAUACAAAGCGACAUUAGCAAACUACCCUUUUAAGUAUGCAGAUGAACAAGCCAAGAGCCACCGGGACGACAGGUGGUCCGAUGAUCACUAUGAACGAGAGAAAAGAGAGGUCGACUGGGACUUCCACAGGGACAGCUUUUUCUGCGACGUUCCGAGCGACCGGUACUCCAGAGUGGUGUUCACAGCAGCUGGAGGGGAGACCCUGUGGAGUUUACCUGCAAUUAAAUCCAUGUGCAGUAUAGACAAUGCAAGGAUCAGAGCCCACCCGCAGUUCGGGGACCUGUGCCAGAGGACCACGGCCGCGUCCUGCUGCCCCAGCUGGACGCUGGGGAACUACAUCGCCAUCCUCAACAACCGGUCGUCCUGCCAGAAGAUCGUGGAGCGAGACGUCGCUCACACCCUGAAGCUGCUGCGGGCCUGCGCCAGGCACUACCACAACGGCACGCUCGGGCCCGACUGCUGGGACGCGGCGGCCAGGAGGAAGGGCCAGCUCAAGUGCACGGGCGUGCCGCGCAAGUGCACCAAGUACAACGCCGUGUACCAGAUCCUGCACUACUUGGUGGACAAAGACUUCGUGGCCCCAAAGGCCGCCGACCCCACCGCGCCCGCGCUGAGGUACAGCAUGCUCUUCUCCCCCACGGAGAAAGGGGAGAGCAUGAUGGACAUCUACCUGGACAACUUCGUGGCCUGGAACGGCUCCGACGGCAUCACCAGCGUGGCCGGCAUCGAGUUCGGCCUCAAGCACAGCCUGUUCCAGGACCACCUCCUGACAGACACGGCGUACCCGGCCAUCGCCGUCCUGCUGGUGCUGCUGGUCAUGUGCGCCUACACGCGGUCCCUGUUCAUCACCCUCAUGACCGUGUUUGCCGUCAUCAGCUCCCUGAUCGUCUCCUACUUCCUCUACCGCGUGGUGUUCAGCUUCGAGUUCUUCCCGUUCAUGAACCUCACCGCACUCGUCAUCUUGGUCGGAAUUGGCGCAGACGACGCGUUCGUACUGUGUGACGUCUGGAGCCACGCCAAGGGCGACAAGCCCCACGCAGGGACGGCGGAGACGGUGGGCGUCACCCUGCAGCACGCAGCACUGUCCAUGUUCGUCACCAGCUUCACCACGGCCGCUGCCUUCUACGCCAACUACGUGAGCAACAUCACCGCCAUCCGGUGCUUCGGCGUGUACGCGGGCACGGCGGUCCUGGUGAACUACGUGCUGAUGGUCACGUGGCUUCCGGCCGUCGUCGUCCUGCACGAGCGGUACCUCCUCAACCUCUUCAGCGGCUUCCGAAAGCCGCAGCAGCAGUACGUCAGCAAGAGCUGCUGGGCGGCGGCUCGCCGGAAGUGCCACCGGCUGCUGUUCGCCGUCUCCGAAGCCUCGCGAGUUUUCUUCGAGAAGGUGUUGCCGUGCGUGGUCAUCAAGUUUCGCUACGUCUGGCUGUUCUGGUUCCUGGCCCUGACCGUGGGCGGGGCCUACGUCGUGUGCGUGAACCCCAAGAUGAAGCUCCCCUCCCUGGAGCUGAAUGAGUUCCAGCUCUUCAGGGCCUCGCACCCCUUCGAGCGCUACGACGCCGAGUACAAAAAGCUCUUCAUGUUUGAGCGCGUGCACCGCGGGGAGGAGCUGCACAUGCCCAUCACGGUGGUCUGGGGCGUGUCCCCGGAGGACAACGGCGACCCCCUGAACCCCAAGAGCAAAGGGAAGCUGGCCCUGGAUGGCAGCUUUAACAUCGCGAGCCCCGCUUCCCAGGUCUGGAUCUUGCACUUCUGUCAAAAGCUGAGAAACCAGACUUUCUUUCACCAGACGGAUGAGCAGGAUUUCACGAGCUGCUUCAUCGAGACGUUCAAGCAGUGGAUGGAAAACCAGGACUGUGACGAGCCGGCCCUGUACCUCUGCUGCAGGCGCUGGAGUUUCCCCUACAAGCAGGAGAUUUUUGAGCUGUGCAUCAAGAGGGCCAUCAUGGAGCUGGAACGGAGCACGGGGUACCACCUGGAUAGCAAGACGCCGGGGCCGAGGUUUGACAUCAACGACACCAUCAGGGCCGUCGUGCUCGAGUUCCAGAGCACCUACCUGUUCACGCUGGCUUACGAGAAGAUGCACCAGUUUUACAAGGAGGUGGACGCGUGGAUCUCCAGGGAGCUGAGCUCGGCUCCCGAGGGCCUCAGCAACGGCUGGUUUGUCAGCAACCUGGAGUUCUACGACCUGCAGGACAGCCUCUCGGACGGCACCCUCAUCGCCAUGGGGCUCUCCGUGGCCGUGGCGUUCAGCGUGAUGCUGCUCACCACCUUGAACGUCUUCAUCAGCCUCUUCGCCAUCGUCUCGAUCACGGGAACCAUAUUUGUCACCGUGGGCUCUCUCGUCCUGCUGGGCUGGGAGCUGAACGUCCUGGAGUCGGUGACCAUCUCCGUGGCGGUCGGUCUGUCUGUGGACUUCGCCGUCCACUACGGGGUCGCUUACCGCCUGGCCCCGGAUGCCGACCGGGAGGGGAAGGUGAUCUUCUCCCUGAGUCGCAUGGGCUCCGCGAUGGCCAUGGCCGCUCUGACCACCUUUGUGGCCGGGGCCAUGAUGAUGCCGUCCACGGUUCUGGCAUACACCCAGCUGGGCACCUUCAUGAUGCUCAUCAUGUGUGUCAGCUGGGCUUUCGCCACCUUCUUCUUCCAGUGCCUGUGCCGCUGCCUCGGGCCCCAGGGCGCCUGCGGUCAGAUUCCUUUACCUGGGAGACUCCAGUGUGGCGCCUUCUCCCACGCCGUGUCCACGAGCCCCGGGGACAAAGGACAAAGCAAAACACACACCGUGAAUGCGUAUCAUUUAGAUCCCAGGGCCCCCAAAUCCGAAAUGGAGCAUGAGUUUUAUGAGUUAGAGCCCCUGGCGACCCGCAGCGGCAGCGCCUCCGAGGAGACCCACAUCUGCUCCGAGUUUUCCGACGGCCCCGCGAGGAACUUCGGGAUGCCGGUGCGUGCCGCGUACAGCAGAGGCCCCGGGGGCGAUGGCGGCGGUGCCCCAUUCCCGUCCCCUCUCGAGCAGCACGCCGUGUGUCACUUCUUCUCUCUGAGUCAGACAUGCACUUGUCCAGAUGCCUACAGACACCUGACGCCUGGCCCACAUGCCGGCCAGCAGGCGGGUGACGGCCUGUGUCCCCAGUGCGCUGCCCCCGCCGGCAGCCUCGUGCACAUGCAGAAGGGCGCACACCAGGCCCCCGAAGGCUUCAUGUGCACCAUCCCGCACGUCCAUCACUGUCCCUGCCUACAGGGCGGAGCGAGGCCACCGGGACCGCAGAAUCCUCUGCCCACGAGCUUUGUCCUGCACCCCGUGCAGCACAUUCAGGCCCCAGAGAAGACCCGCAGUCACGGUCUCCCGAGCGUGGGGCACGUUCCCCCGACGGUGGGGCCAUCGGCCUGUGUCUGCAGAAGCCCUGGGUCCCCACGAAAAGCGCAUUGUGAUCCUGAGAACAGCCAAAGGGGGCUUGCUAGGAACAGAGACGUCGGGCACAUGGAGGGCGGCGGAGGGGCCAGGAACCAGGGCUCGGGUCCAGGGGGCCAGACGGACAAGACAGACAGGAACACAGGGCUGUGCUUGUCACAGGAUCUGGAACAGUCCGGUCAGAAUGAACCACACUUUGUGUUUAACCGUCUAACGGGGGACGCGCAGCCCGGGUCCUGCCCAGAGGGCGACUCUGCAGACAGUGAGGCCAGUGAGCCCCCUGCGUUCACGCACUCGGAACUUUCUGGUGAAAGUUUGUUGAUAAAAACACUCUAAUAAAUAUAGUGCUAAAUUCAGAA